UGGAUGCCUUUGACGAAGUCCUACGUUGAUGUACUAUAUAAACACCUUAGCUUGAUCUUAGUCUUAGAACACAAUAUCAAAACAAAAAUCUUAAUCUUAGAACAAUAUAAACAAACACACUCCUACUAUUUUCAUGGCUGCCCUAGUACUCUACCUUGUAGUGUUCUUGCUUGCUCCUUUCCUCUCCCAUGCUGCGGAUCCCGAUCCUUUGCUAGACUUUUGUGUAGCGGACCUUAAUGCGUCUCCCUCAUUCGCUAGUUUCCCUUGCAAACCAACCUCAAAUGUGACCUCUGAAGAUUUCUUCUUUGAUGGGCUUAUGAAUGAGGGCAAUACAUCAAAUUCAUUUGGAUCAAUGGUCACAUCCGGGAAUGUUCUCGCAUUUCCCGCCGUUAAUAUGCUCGGUAUUUCAAUGAAUCGGGUUGAUCUUUCCCCGAAUGGGUUGAACCCGCCUCAUUCCCACCCACGAGCAAGUGAGAGCGGUGUGGUGAUGAAGGGGAGAGUUCUAGUAGGGUUCGUAACCACCGGGAAUGUGUACUAUUCAAAGGUGUUGGUUCCAGGUCAGAUGUUUGUGAUCCCAAGGGGACUAGUUCAUUUUCAAAAGAAUGUUGGGGGAGAUAAGGCAGUUAUUAUUGCAGCUUUCAAUAGCCAGAAUCCAGGAGUAGUGAGAUUAUCCUCAACUUUGUUUGAUACAAACCCUUCAAUUCCGGAUGAUGUUCUAAGUCAAACUUUUCUAGUGGAUCGGAACACUGUCGAAGGAAUAAGAUCCAACUUUUGAUUACAAAGAAAAUACUACUAUGAAAAUUCCCUUUGUUUUUUUUUUUUACCUUAUUUGGUUAAUUUAAUAAUGUCGAAGUUGUAUGCAUUAUGCAUGUAUGAUGUAUGAAUAACAGGGCCGUCUCAUAAAAUUAGCCGCCUCUGAUGAAUAAAACAAUAAAUAAUAUGAAUUUUUUUAUUUAACUUUU